GUCUCCUCACAGCCGCUCUGCCGCAUCUGUGCCCACACUUAAAGGACAAGCCAGGCGGUCAGACACCGGCACAUACACCGCGAAAUACAGCAGAAAUAUGCUUUAUAAACAGUAACCUGUCCAACGGAAAUAACCGCAGUAUUAUAAUACGUCAGAGCAGCUUUCCACCAGUGGACCUUCCAGACCAGUGACUGUCAGCCAUGUUGUCCAGGUUGAGGACGACCUGGUCCUUGAGGCCGUGCGUCUCUGUUUGCAGAUGGGCACACACCAAAGAGAAGGGCAAACCUCUCAUGCUCAACCCUCGCACCAACAAAGGCAUGGCCUUCACUCUGCAGGAGCGACAGAUUUUAGGGUUACAUGGUCUGUUGCCUCCUAAAGUGGAGACUCAGGACAUUCAGGCCAUGCGCUUUCAAAAUAAUCUCAAGAAGAUGACCGAUCCCCUGGAGAAGUACAUCUACCUGAUGGGCAUCCAGGAAAGGAAUGAGAGGCUUUUUUACAGGUUGUUGAUGGACGACAUCGAGGAGCUGAUGCCGAUUGUUUAUACUCCCACUGUAGGCCUGGCCUGCACACAGUAUGGACACAUCUUUAGAAGACCUAAGGGCUUGUUCAUCUCCAUCUUGGACAGAGGACACAUCCGCUCCAUCCUGGAUAACUGGCCAGAAACUAAUGUUGCAGCCGUAGUAGUGACUGACGGAGAGCGUAUUUUAGGCUUAGGAGACCUGGGUGUUUAUGGAAUGGGCAUCCCUGUCGGAAAGCUAUGCCUGUACACUGCCUGCGCCGGUAUUAGACCUGAGAAAUGUCUGCCUGUGGCCAUAGAUGUCGGCACAAACAAUGAGACUCUCCUCAAGGAUCCGAUGUACAUGGGCCUGUACCAGAAGCGAGAUCGCUCUCAAGCCUACGAUGAUCUGAUUGAUGAGUUCAUGGAAGCUGUGGUGGACAAAUACGGGCAGGACACGCUGAUCCAGUUUGAGGACUUUGGAAACCACAACGCCUUCCGCUUCCUCAGGAAGUACAGGGAGAAGUACUGCACCUUCAACGAUGAUAUCCAAGGCACUGCGUCUGUGGCCCUUGCUGGUCUGUUAGCAGCUCAGAGAGCCAUAGGCAAACCCAUCACUGAACACCGGGUGCUUUUCCUGGGAGCUGGAGAGGCUGCCCUCGGUAUUGCCAAUCUGAUUGUCAUGGCGAUGAUGGAGAGUGGGAUGACCCAAGCUGAGGCCAGAGAAAAGAUCUGGAUGUACGAUAAAUUUGGCUUACUUGUAAAGGACAGACCGCAGGAAACAGACAGUAACCAGGAGGCAUUUGUUCAUGACAGUCCGGGGGAUGUACAGAGCUUCCUAGAUGCAGUCAACACCAUCAAACCCACAGCUAUCAUUGGUGUGUCAGGAGCUGGACGUCUGUUCACCCACGAUGUCAUCAAGGCCAUGGGAACCCUAAAUGAACGACCAAUCAUCUUCGCCCUUAGUAACCCGACCACGAAAGCAGAGUGUACAGCAGAGGACGCCUACACACUCACCGAUGGUAGAUGUCUUUUUGCCAGUGGCAGUCCAUUCGGUCCUGUGACUCUGAAAGAUGGCCGCGUCAUCAUUCCUGGACAGGGGAACAACGCUUACAUCUUUCCAGGCGUGGCCUUGGCUGUGAUCCUGAGUGGAGUGAGACACAUCAGUGACACAGUGUUCUUAGAGGCUGCUAAGACACUUGCAGAGCAGCUGACAGAUAAAGAGCUGGAAGACGGCAGACUCUAUCCUCCUCUCUCCAACAUCAGAGAGGUCUCCGUCCAGAUGGCUGUCAAGGUGGUGGAGUACGUCUAUGCUAAAGGCAUGGCGUUUCGCUACCCUGAGCCUGUGGACAAGGAGGGCUUUGUACGCGCUACUGUGUGGGACACCAGCUAUGACUCCUUCAUGCCAGAUACCUAUGACUGGCCAGGUGUCAGCUUCAGCCCCAAGACUAAAUAGAAGUAGACCACACCCUCUCAGUGCUCUUUGUUUUCCACUUAACUCACAGAUCACAGGUAUUUUGAGACGAUGGUAAUUAUGUUAGUGCAAACAUUAGCUUAUGAAAACAGGCAGCAGAGGUCUCUUACUGCUGCUACGUACGUUUGCACAAACCCAGUCAUAUUGGAUCUGUGAGAAGGCAGAUUGGAAAGUGGCAUUUGAAUGAAAACGGCCAUUUUCACAGUUCUUUAUCACCUCUGCAUCACAUGUAAACCAGCGCAGCACCUGGAGGGCCACCUGGUGGUGGGAAAAGGCAGUGUGGAAAUCUGGUUUCAUUGUUGAAACCUUGAGAUAUAUUUUAAUUAUUAUCUAUUAUAUUAUAUCAUAUCUAUCAUUAUCUAUCAUCAAGUAUGCAUCAGUAAAUUUAAGCACUCUAUAAAUUAGACUAUGGUGAAUAGUAAACCCAACGCUGAACACUGUGCCUCUGCUCGAGGUAGAGACUGGUUUUUGCAAGAUACUGUACUAGAAAUGACUCCAUGAUGUCAACCUUUUGUUAGGAAAUGCAGCAUACUAUUAUCUUUGUGCAACCUGUUUUAAAAGAUAGUCACUCCUCAUUUAUUGUAACAGUUGUUUGUUGUGUACACUCCUGAUGCAGAGGUUAGUCUUUAGUUAGCACUUAAUACUAUUGUGACUGUAUGUAGCUACAUAGAGAUUACAGAACAUAACGCACAUUUAUUAACAUGAAGUACGGACAUUGCCUUUUCUCACAUCAGGUGGGCCUCUGGUGGCUUCACUGAUCUAACCAAUGCCUGGUGUAAGACAUAAGGUUUAAGAACCUUUUUAAACUAUGCUUAAAUCAGGCCACAUUAUCAGAGUCCUAGUAGAGCAGAGGGUUAAAGCACUUGUCCUUUGUGAGCAAACUAAGAGACAAAGAGAGGACAGGAUGUUACUCGGGAGAAAUGGAGAGAAUAUAUAAAGAGAGACCUCAGAAAACGGUGUGAUUUUAUGAAGGGAAAGUUAUAUCUAAAAACACAAGAAGUGAACGUCCACUCCAACAUUGUAUUUGUUCACAUGCUUUUGUCACAUUGUAUUUAUUUCUUUGAAUUUAUUUAAUUUUAUUAGGGUGUAUUAAGAUGUUUUGCCCUUUGGCUUUGUGAGAAAACCUGUUAUCAACACUCCUUUAAUGAGUUGUGGUAAAAUGAAUCCAUCCCUAAAAAUGAUCCCUUUUGCUUAACUGUGAUUUUAAAAAAAAAAAAAAGCUGAAUAUAAAAUGUAACCUAAAUAUUUAAGAAAACUAUGCGCAGUAUCAAAUGAUUAUUUUCUAUUUGGAUUAUAUUUUGUGUACUGUACAUAGGCUUUUGUGGAAACUGAGACUGUCUAUGGAAAGAGUGUUUAUAAAGUUGUGUUAAGUACAUCCACGUGUGUUUCGGCAGGUUGGUGUGUGGGUUUUACUCCUGGGAACGGACUUCCAGGCUACGCUCUUAUAGUUCUGGUCUGAUAUGAUCAUUAACAAAAACUUAUAACACAGACACAGUCAUGUUGGCUCAGAUUAACAUAAACUAGAGAGAUGGCAACUCUGCCUUUGGCAAGUUUAUAUGUACAGUAUCUUUCAACAGAGAUAUUCAAAAUGCUGUACAUAAGACAUUAAAAGCAUAAAGAAAAACAAGCCAGUAUAAAAAGACACAUCAGAAAGAUUAGCAGAGUAAAAUAAAGUAGAAGAUACAAAAGAGACAUUAUAGUGCAGUGCAAAAUUUGAAUAAAUAGUACUUCCGUGCUUCCCAACCUUUUUCCGUAAGGGGCCCUUUUCUAUCACUAAGUAAACUGGCAACCCCUGACUAAGUGAGAUAUUGAACUAAUAAAUAACCCAAAUAUUGAUGCAAUAACUGCAGGAAGUUUAUGUAAAACCAGCAAUUUGGAUGAAUUUUAAGAUUAUUUCCUGUGAAUAUUGCAUCAGAGAUGAGUUUCCCAGAAUUUUUUAACAGUCAUAACAUACCCUAAAACUCCAAUUAAAAGUCUAGUCCCUAUUAAACACCCAGUCCCUUUUACUAGCCUGCUGUGGCUACACAUUUUGACAAAUGUAAGCCUGUCUCAAAUAGAGCCCUGGUCUGGUUGCCAAGCAGUUCAUUUUUUUAAUAGAAGUUCUUCAGAUGUAUAAAAGCAGGUUGUUGGCGACCUCAGAUUAUGUGUCCAUUCCUCGAUUACCCUGUAAGUUUAGUCCAUAAGGGUCCCCAGAUCAAAAGAAUCAAAAGGGUUUUUCAUAGAAAUUAACAGAAUUACAGGCCUGUUCCAAAAAAGACAUCUGUCCCAAAUAUAGGCCUGUUGAUUUCAGUGAUUUAAGCAGUGUGUUCAGGUCCUCAUCGUGCCCUUAUCCUUUAUAUCUUGAGGAAUGAUCUAGACUUCAAAAAUAAUAAUUUUAUUUAGUUUUACUCACAGAUAUGAAUGCUGAGAUAUAGGCCAAGUGUAUUAUUUUUUAAAUAUUCUUACACCCCUUAAAAUCUUAAAAUCAAGAAAGCUUCACAUGACGCCUUGUGAAGCUUUUGGUGACCCUUCGUAUGGGUUGGGCCCCUAGGUUGGGAACCAGUGUAAUAUCUGAUGCUGAAGGGUAAUGGUGCCUACAAGAUUAUUAUUGGCAAUAUAUAUUUGUUAUAAAGAAACUGAGCAAUGCCAGGGCAUUUAUUUGUGGCAGGUUGUUUCCAUUAACAGGAGGAUGCAGUAUCUUAUUAACUAUAAUUCCAGUUAUACUUUCUGAACACUUUCCAUCUGUAUGUCAGUUUGAAGCUUAUCUUGGUCUCUGUUAGAUCUUUAUAUUUUGCUCUGUGCUCUGACAAACUGCUGCGGUCUAUUGUAGUGACUUAUCCAAGGAUCUUCAAUGAUAUGGUGUAAAAUGUGAGACUUAGACCAUACACACUGGACACAAACACACACGCACACACACACACCAUUGCAGCUAAAAUGUGUUAAAGUCUUCCAGUCAGCCUAUUUUAUUCAUAGUAUUGCCUUAGUCACAUGUCAAGGGCAUUGACAGUAUCAUGCAUUAGUUCUCAAGUAUGUUUAAAUAUAGGCCACUGUAAAUUUUAGUCUCAGGAUAUUGUAUUAGGACCUUCUAACCGCUUACAUUGAAGUGUCUGUCCACAAUCAUGUCAUGUUCCAUGAUGCAGACCUCUCAACAUGCUGCAGGCAGAGCUGAGAAACAACAGCACUACCAAAAUUAUACACUGUUUUGUGGUGCCCACAAGCUCACCUGGUAGAGUAGGCACCCCCUUGCCGCAGCGGCCAUGGGCUUGAUUCCAACCCACAGCCCUAUGCUGCAUGUCAUCCCCCUUUCAUGCUGUAGCUGUCCUAUCAAAUAAAGGCAGAAAAAUAAUUGUGUUGAAUUCAAUGUGCAGCUUCGUCUCUGAUAGACUGUGCAGCUUCAGGUUGUGAACAAUCAAAGUUUUCUGCUUAUACAUAAUGAAAGUUUUAUUUAAAAGGACCUAUUUAAAUCAGUCUCACCUCAGUAAGUGCUGGCUUGUGUGUCUGUCCGGUUGUUGUUACUGACUGUAAUUGUCCAGUGUGAGUUUUUACUGUGUUGUGUAAGAAAGUGGUGACUGGCUUGCUCAUGUGGUUCUUUUCAUACCCAUGAGGAAAAUUAAGUCUGUGUGUCAUUGAAGUGUGCAUCCAUAUAGUGCUGUGUUCUUCCAGUCUGUGUUCCUGAGGUAUUUUUUUGUUACACAAUAUAUUGCCUUAGCGUUUGUGCACAGAGAGAAUACCUAUGUGCAGAAUAAAAACAGUUUUACACUGGC